AUUAUUAUUAUUAUUAUGAUCAGAUUCUGUUUUAUAGCUGCAGUGCAACUAUGCGAGCUGAUUCUCACCUCUCUUGUUCAUUUGUUAUACGCCUUUUACAUAUUCAGCUCCGCCGUGGCGGGUGAUCUUUCCCUUUCCUUGAAUCAUUUAUUUAACCCAAAUCUAAUCAACAACAACAACAACCACCACCAGAACCAACAACAAGACCACCCAGAACCAACAACAACAACCCAAUCCUCCUCAAAUGAACAAGUGCCGCCUAUUGUCUUGGUUCAUGGAAUCUUUGGCUUUGGCAAAGGGAGAAUGGGAGGUUUAUCUUAUUUUGCUGGGGCGGAGAAGAAGGUUGACAAAGUCUUUGUGCCCGAUUUGGGUUCAUUGACAAGUAUCCAUGAUAGGGCUCGGGAACUGUUCUACUACCUGAAAGGGGGAGAGGUUGAUUACGGAGAACAACACAGCAAAGCUUGCGGCCAUUCACAGUUUGGAAGACUCUAUAAACAAGGACACUACCCUCAAUGGGACCAAGACCAUCCUCUUCAUUUCGUCGCCCAUUCCGCCGGGGCUCAAGUUGUUAGACUUUUACAACAGAUGCUUGCUGAUAAGGUCUUCAUGGGUUAUGAUAAUACAUCAGAGACUUGGGUCUUGAGUAUAACCUCCUUGUCUGGGGCUUUUAAUGGGACUACAAGAACUUAUCUCGAUGGAAUAAGGCCCGAAGAUGGAAGGUCUUUGAAACCCGUAUGCUUGCUUCAACUGUGCCGGUUGGGAGUGAUAGUGUACGAUUGGCUAGACAUCCCCUGGCUAAAACGGUAUUACAAUUUCGGAUUCGAUCACUUCAACAUGUCCAGGAAGAAAGUCGGGGGGGUGGAGGGGAUAAAGGGCCUCCUCCUUGGGAAUUCUGGUACUAGUACUCCAUUUGCUUCGGGCGAUUGGAUUCUUCCCGACCUCACCAUUCAGGGUUCUAUUCGCAUCAACGCUCAUCUCUCUACCUUCCCCAACACCUACUAUUUCAGUUACGCAACCAAGCGCACUAUGAAACUAAUGAACACUACUAUUACGAUUCCUUCCACCAUAUUCGGGAUCCAUCCAUUGCUCUUCAUUAGACUAUUGCAGAUGACCCAAUGGAGACAUCCUUCAGAUGCCACACCACCUUAUAAAGCCUACAAGGACCAGGAUUGGUGGGACAAUGACGGGGCACUCAAUACUAUGUCCAUGACUCACCCUCGCUUACCCCAUGAGCACCCCAGCCAACAACUGUUUAACGAUUCUGACUGCCACCCUUUGCAGCCAGGCAUAUGGUACUACAAGUUUGUUGAAGGAGACCACAUUCUCUUUGUAAUGAACAGGGAGAGGGCAGGACUUCAAUUUGAUCUCAUUUACGAUACCAUCUUCCGCCGAUGUAGAAAGUAUGUUUUCAGGAAGAUGAUUCCUCCUUCACCAAAUCAACAACAACAACAACUUCAUCAAUCAUAAUAACACCACACUCUUACUCUUUUCUUUUCUUUUCUUAUAGAAGAUAUACACACGCACAAACAAACACAUGACUUAUCAUCACUCUUAUUGCUAGAUAGAAUUCACACAAUUGCUUUGUUGUAAACUCUCAUGUACCGAAUAUCAUUUACUUAUAAUAAAUGCUAC